AUCAUUGUUUGAUCACCUGAGGCUUAUAAACGGGGUAAAGAGGUAAACCGGAUGUGGGGGAAUAGGGAGAUUGUGGCAGGUCCCUUUUCGCAGUGCUUCCGUGAAUCUUCGAAGAAGCAAAGCUACUUCGAGACCGUUUGAUGCUCUGAGGCUUGCAAAAGAGAAGGCUUUCCUCUGGCCGUAUCUUUCGUUUGCUUCAGCCGACCGGCGUCAUGUUCAAAAAACUGAAGCAGAAGAUCAGCGAGGAACAAACUUCGGGCCGCGGAAGUCCCGCGGGUGGUGCUUCAGCGUUUCCUCAGAGAUCUUCUGAAUCUUCUGCGCUGUCACCAUCAAUACACAGGAACAGAACAUCAUCUCUUACAGAGCAAAAUGAUGACAGUACUUCAACUCCUAAUAGAGAGAUAAUACAUAAACAAAAUUCUAGCAAUAAUGAAAGUGAACCAUCUUCUCCAGUGGAAGUUAAAAGGGAUCAAAAAACAAAGAGGCAUCUUCAAGAAGAAUUUGCUGCAUCCUUAGAGGAAAAGGACCAAAUUAUUAGCGUCCUGCAGACACAGGUAUCACUACUGAAGCAACAAUUACAUAGUAAUGAGACAAACAUUGAACUAAAGAAUCCAAGUGUUCAAACUUUGCAGUCGGUGGGUCCUGUUGGUAAUGAGAAUGCUGAUAAAACAAUAGAAACUCUAACUCAGCAAGUAAAACAUCAAGAAAACUUGCUUCAUCAGUGUAAAGAAAGAAUUAAAUCUCAGAAGGAGCGCUUAGCACAGCUGACCAGUGAGAAAGAAGUUCUGCAGAAACAACUAUAUGAGAGGCUUCAGGAGCUAGAGAAAAUAAAGGAUUGUCAUAUGGCUGAAAAGACCAAAUUCAUUACUCAGCUACGUGAAAGCAAAAACUUGAUAGAACAGUUAGAGCAAGAUAAAGGCAUGGUAAUAGCAGAAACAAAACGGCAAAUGCAUGAAACUCUGGAAUUGAAGGAGGAAGAAAUUGCCCAGUUGCAUAUUCAUAUCAAGCAGAUGGCUUUGCAGAGUGAAGAACUAAAAAAACAGAAAGAAAAAUCUGCAAAAUCUGCAUUUGAACAGCUUGAGAAGGCUUUAGGUGCAGCUCAGAUGGCUGAAAAAGCCCACAAGAAAUUGCAGGCAGAAAUGGAUGAAAAAAUCAAAGCUAUUGAAAAGGCAAAUGAAGAAAAAUGUGUGAUCCUUCAACAGGAAUUAACAAGGAUGAAGCAGGAAGUGAAAAAAUGCCAGAAGAAUCACCUAUGUGAAAUGAAAGAGAAAGAACAACAAGAUUUAUUAGCUUUAGAAGAAAUAGAAUUGCAGAAAAAGGCUCUACAGUCAGAAUGCAACAAAAAAGUUGAAGAUAUGCAACUGGAAGUAGAAACUUUCCAAACAAGAAUUCUUGAGCUGGAAAGUUCCCUUAUGAAGUGUCCACAGAAUGACAAAAGCCAGUUGGAAGAACUGGCUACUCAGAUAGAUUCAGACAAAAAUGAGCACAAUAAAAAAAUAGCUACUAUGACUGAAAAACAUAAAAAAGAAAUUGAAUACAUGAAGCAGCAAGAACAGCAACAUUGGAAAGAACAGUUUGACAUAUUAACCCAGCAGCAGCAAUCAGAAAUAGAGAAACUGAGGAAACAUCAUGAAGAAGAAACGGCUAAGCUGUUAAAAGAAAAAGAGGCUAUAUUUCAUGCUCAUAUAGAAGAAAUGAAUGAAAAAACUUUAGAAAAGCUUGAUGUGAAACAAACAGAGCUAGAAGCACUUUCAUCUGAAUUAUCAGAUGCUCUGAAUAGCCGUCAAAAUCUUGAACAAUAUAUUUCUAAGUUAAAAGAGGAUGCAAAUAAAGCAAAGGUGGAGUUUGAAGCCAAACUUGAUCAGCAAAGGAAUAAUCAUAAGGAACAAGUUGAAGCUAUUUUUAAAGAUCAGGAAGUAACUGAGAAAUCAUUUAAAGAAGAAAUUAUUCAACUCAAACAAUUCUUGGAAGCAAAAGAGAAGAGUGAAGAAGAAUCAGAGCAGAAAGAAAUGAAAGAAACUCUAGGAAAAGCUGAGACACAAUGUAAAAGAAUGUCUGCAGAAUCAGAUGUUUUAUGUCAGUCCAGGGAAGAUAAUGCAAGUAUUUAUGAAAACAAGUUUAAAAAUUUGCAAGAGAAAUUGGAAGUUAUAAUGGAUAAAAAGUCAAAACUUGAAGAACAGAUUGUAAAAACUGAAACCCAGCUGAAGGAAGUCAAAACUGAGUUAGAUUUUCAGACAUCCCAGGUAAAUGAUCUGAAAUGUGAAUUAGAAGAAGAAAAGAGAAAAAAUAUACAGAAAACCUCAUCUCUGACAGAAAAUUAUGAAUCACAGUUAAGAAACCUUGGAGGAGAGAUCAGUCAGUUAAAAAGUCAUUGUACUGGCAAGGAAAGUGAAAUUGGACAAAUACAGCAUCUCCUGAAUCAACAAAUUGAAAAGUAUAAGCAGCAGUUAUCAACCAAAGAAGAAGAAAUCAAUGCCUUAAGGGACGAAUAUGAGCUCAAGUUAAAGCAGCAAGAGACACAAACAGAGGAAGCUAUAGAAAAAAUAAAAAAUAUGCAGGAAGAAUUUAAGCAAAAACUUUCAGAACAAGAAGCAAAACUAAAAAGUGAGAUUGAGAGCAACCAGUUGGAGUUUAAUCAGAAAGAGAAGCAGUUCACUUCAAAAAUGCUGGAAAUGACUCAUGCCAAUUCACUUGGAAUAAAUGAUGCUAUUUUAAAACUGGAGAUGAAUCAGAAGGAACAACUAAAAAGCAUGGUUGAAACUCACAAACAAGAAGUGGAUGAAGUUGUACAUCUUUGGGGGAAGAAACUAAAACAAGAGGUUGAAGAACUUGAGGAAAAACAUGAAACAGAAUUGCAAGAAAAAGAACAGGAAAUAAGAGACCUGAAAGAAAGACUGGCCACCUUUGAUGCUGAAAGAGAAGGGAAUAAUGCAGAGAUUACCUGGUUAAAGGAUGAACAUACAAAGAAAGACAAAACUAUACAUGAACUUCAAGAACAACUGCAACAGACAUUAGCACAAGUGAAUCUUUUGACACAAAAAGAAAGUGAUUUAAAGAAACAACUUGUAAAAUUAGAGACCGAUCUUAGUUUUUCUUUGAAAGAGAAAAUAACAGUACAGGAACAGCUUAAUGAGAUAAAGUUAAUAGAAGAAAAAAAGAAAUAUGACAUUGUGGAGCUGGCAGAUAAAUUGAAAAUGUCUGAUGCUGAAUACCAAGCCUUAAAACUGUCACAUCUUAAAGAACAGGAGAAUUAUGAGACAAAGUUAGAAAGCGAAAAAAAUGAGUUUCGACAAAAACAAGCUGAAUUUGAAAAUUUCAAGAGAGAUACAAUUAUACAACUGGCUGAUUACCAGCAAAAAGCAGAAGCUUUAUUGAAAAUAAAAAUUGGUGAACUGAUUAAACAAUGCAAUGAAAAAAUUUCUUCAAUAACAGUUAAAAUUGCUCACUGUCAGCAACAGACAAUAAAAAUUAAAGAAGACAUAUUAAUUAAAGCCGAUCAAGUUCCAGACUUAAAAGUUCAACUUGAACAAUUAACAGGGAGUCAUGUAACUUUAAACAGUAGUUUACAGGAGUCAAAAAAACACUUGGAGGAAAAGGAACAUUUAAUGAUGUCUAUGAAAGCAGAUGUAGAUAAACUUCUAACAGAAAAAGAACUAUUGGAAAAAGAAAGUUAUCUCCAGCAGCAAACGGCAACAGAGAAGGAAUCUUGUAUCACAGAGCUGAAGAAAGAAUUAUCUGAGUAUAAUAAUAUUGUUACUUCAAUGAGGGAGGAGCUAAAUGAGAAAAAAGCAGAAAUCACAGAUCUUAACAAGCUUACUAGUGAAUUAAACCUCAGACUUGAAAAGAGCAUAUCAGAAAAAGAAGCUGCCACAAUGAUGUUAAACAAGCAACACAGAGAAAACCAACUGCAGUUACUGAAUGAGAUGGAAGUACUAGCUUCCAAAGUUGAAUCAUUGAGUGAAGAUAAAGUUACUGCCCUGAAACAGGUAGACCACUGGGUGAACAAAAUGUCAGAAUGGAAGAAGAAAGCUCAGUUGAGAUUUACACAAAAUUACAAUACUAUUAAGGAAUUACAAAGUAAGAUUGAACUGAGUAAUAACCAAGCUAGUGAAAAAGAAGAAGAACUGAAUAGAAUAAAGAACGAGCGCGAUAAACAAACCAAACAGUUAGAACAUUUAAAAUGUGUAAUGGAACAAAAGCAGAUCAGAAAAGAAAAACAGGAAUCUGAUUUGGUUGCUGAGAUAAAAAUCCAUACAGCGAGAAUUGCUGAAUUAGAAGAGCAUAUUGCUCGGAAAACAGAGGAAAAUAAUUAUUUAAUGGAAGAAUGUAAAAUAUACCAUGAACAAGACAAUGGGCAAAAAGAAAUGGCACAACAACUUCAACGGGCUCGGGAGGCACUAGUGGACAAGGAUGACAACCUGAAGGAGAUGGAACAAAAUGUCCUAACUUUUGAGAAGAAAAUGCAGGACAUGGAAAUUGUCCUUGAAGAAAAAUCAAAAGAAUUUGAAGGAAUAAAACUGGCUCUAUUGAAAACAAAAGAAGAAGAAUUAAAGGCUUUAGAAGAAAGACUUAUUUCAGAAGCAACUUCUAAAAUAGCAGAUCUGAAAAAAAAGGCUGAACACAAAAUUGCUUCUAUUAAAAGACAGUUGACGACUCAGAUGGAAGAGAAAGAGCAGCAAAAUAAGUCAAUAGACUCAGAUUUAGAAAAAGAGUUGAUAAAGAAAGUAGAAACAAUAAAGGUUUCUGCAGAGAAAGAUAAAGUCAUUGCUUUAGAGAAUAUGCAACAGAUGUAUGAUAUAAAAAUUGAUAUUUUAAAAAAGGAUUUGUUGGAUAAAGAGAGAUUACUUGAGAAGUAUAGUGAGGAAGCAAAUACAUGUAAUAUUUCAAAGAUGAAGGCUCAGGAGCAACAAGAGGAACUUCUUAAAAGGUCUCAAGAAGAUAAAAAUAGAAUUAAAAAUCUUCAACGAGAACUUGAGGAACAAAUCAAGAAACAGGCUUCAUUACAUGAACAACAUACCAAGUAUGAGAGUGAAUUAAGAAAUAUCAAAGUCGAAUUGAAAAAUAAAGAACAAAAAGAACAAAAUAUGGAGAUUGCAAUUAAAGACUUAGAAAAAAAGCUUCAAGAAAAGGAGGAAAAAGGACAGUCUUUUGGCGAGGAUUUUAUGAAAGAGAGAGAACAACAAAGGACUGAGAUGGAAAAUAGGAUUUCAGAAUAUAAUGAGAAAUUAAACAGUCUGCAAGAGCAGUUAGAUGAAGGAAGUGGCCUUAUAAAAACUCUGGAAGGAAAUAUAGAAGAAAAAACUAAAUCAGUCUUUGAACUUCAAAAGAUGGUUAAUGAGAUGCAGAUGCAACAGAAAGACUUACAAGCUACACUGAAACAGACGGAGCAAGAGAAACAGGAACAGCACAGAGAUCUGAUUAAGCUUCAGAAGGAUUUGCGAACCUUGCGAAAAGAACAUCAGCAAGAGCUGGAAAUUAUGAAGAAAGAAUCUAGAGAAGAAAUGGAACAAAAAAUAAAAUAUGAACAGGAAGACAUUGAACUAAAGCACAAUUCCACAUUAAAGCAGCUAAUGAGGGAAUUCAAUACCCAACUGGCACAAAAGGACCAGGAAUUAGAAAUGGCUGUAAAAGAAACUAUCAGUAAAGCCCAGGAAGUGGAAUCUGAAUUGAUAGAAAGUCACCAUACAGAGACAGUUCAACUGCAUAAAAAGAUUUCGGAAAAGGAUGAUGAUCUACAAAGAACAGUGAAAAAGUAUGAAGAUAUACUUGAGGCCAGAGAAGAGGAAAUGACCAAAAAAGUAAAUAAAUUGGAGGAACAGCUGGUGCAGUUAAAAGAAGACCACAAAAAAAGAUUGGCAUAUGAAGAAAGUUGGAAUGGUGAUGAAGAAAAAAUAGCAGAACUUCAGGCUCAGCUAGCCCAAAAGACAACACUUGUUAAUGAUUCAAAAUUGAAAGAACAGGAGUUCAGAGAACAGAUUCACAUACUACAAGAUAAGUUGAAAAAUUAUGAGAAGGCUGUAUAUGUCACAACAGUUAAAACACCUUAUAGAGAUGGGAAUCUUUGCCAUUCAGAUGUUUCUCUUUUUGGUGAACCAACUGAGUUUGAAUACUUGAGGAAGGUGGUUUUCGAAUAUAUGAUGGGCCGUGAAACAAAGACAAUGGCAAAGGUUAUAACUUCAGUGCUGAAAUUUCCUCCUGAUCAAACUCAGAAGAUCUUAGAACGAGAAAAUGCUCGGACAUUGUUCACUUCACCUCCAGUGGUAUCUUCUGAAUAAAUCAUCAAUCAGUGCUUUAGUUAGUACGUAGCUCUGGUUUUGAUCCUUAUGUUGAAGAACUUGCAACGUAUGCACUUUGUAACGGAUUACACAACUUGGAAAUCAGAUCAUAUUCUCAAAUUAGCUCUUUGAAGUAUGGAGAAUAGCUUUGAAAGGAAUACAGCAAGGAAGGAAAGAUUGACAAUUGGGACUAUGAAUAUGGUUAACUUUUUGCCUUUAAGAAAGAUUAUUCAUCAAUUGCUGUGUGCUUCACUUGGAUACAAUUUUCAGUUUAAGGAAUCGAAGUUUUUUUCUUCAAAAGAGCUGUCACAAAAAUGAAUGAUUCUAUUUAUUGUAUUGUGGAUUUUGUUUCAUAUAAUUACAUAUUGUCUGAAAUAAUUUUGCAAUACAUUCUGAAUAGGGAUUUGGCUAACUAUUUUCCUUCUAUUGUUCAUUAAAAACCUCUAUUUUUAAGCUUUUGCUUAUAAUGAAUCCAGAUUGCAAGUCUUCACUUAUUAAUAUAUAGCUUUUGUACUAUAUUUUGUGAGAAAUAAAUUUACACUUCUAUAAUUUGUAAAUAGAUACUAUUUACUUGUAUUAUAAGUUGAUCUUUGAUUGUUGGAAACACUAAUCUUGCAGAGCUGGAAGAAAAUAAAACUUU